AUGGUGCUGAGGCAGGGAGGGGGGGUACAGCAAGGCAGAUGGAAGAAGAAGAAUGGAGGAGGAGGUGACGAUUGGAAGAAGAUCAGCAUUUAUUGGUUUUGUCUCUUUUGUCUGUUUUCUUCAGCUGUGAUUCAAAGUGCAGAGGUUGCCCUCCAGAUGCCUUUAAUUGAAGUCAAAGUUGGAGGAAAUGUUACUUUGCAGUGUUCGGUCACAGAGAAGGAAGGAAAAUUUGUUCACUGGUUUAAGCAGACUCCUGGAUAUAUGGUCCAGACAGUUGCUACGGGAUCUUAUACCAAACAAAAACUAAGCGAACCAUUUAACAACGAUCGUUUCACAGUAUCAGAGGGGCAGUCUCAGUAUUUUCUUACCAUAAGAAAUGUCCAUAAAGAGGAUGAAGCAUCAUAUUUCUGUCAGUAUGGAUCAGCUUAUUCACAGAGUUUUAAUACAAGCAUCUACUUGGCUGUACAUGAUCACAGUGAGCAGAAAUCAGUCUACAUAAAACAAUCUCCGGAGGCAGCAUCAGUCCAGCCAGGCAACUCUGUGACUCUCCAGUGUUCAUUUUUCCCCAGUAACAAAGAAAACACGUUCCAGUGUCUGGAUGAACACAGAGUGUACUGGUUCAGAGCGGGAUCAGGACAAUCCCAUUCUACCAUUAUCCACACUCACAGACACUGCAGUCAGCAACAAGAGGGAAGCUCCUGCGUCUACAGUUUAUCCAAAACUAUUCAUAACUCCUCUGAGGCUGGGACCUACUACUGUGCAGUGGUCACAUGUGGACAGAUCCUGUUUGGUGACGGAACUCAAGUUGAGACAAGAGAUAAAUGGGACCCAGUUGUCAUUGUGCUUGGGACACUGUUGGCUCUCUGUGUGAUUGUGAUUGCAGUUCUUAUUCUAUCAAGAGACUGA